AAAAAAAAAUGUGGCCGAUCCACAACACCGGGAUGGACUGAAUGGAGGCAGCGUUGUCAGCGAGCGGAGAUCAUAAAUCCGUCUACAGUCGACCGCGACACACACCGAGCGGCUUGUUGAGUUCUCCGUAAACGUCCAGCCCUCGGCCUCCCCAUGCCUCCAUCUCCUCUUGACGACAGAAUUGUGGUGGCGCUGCCAAGGCCGAUCCGACCUCAGGAACUCCAACUGCGCCUGGACACCAGCUACCUGGACUCCAUCGCCACCAGCGCCAGCAGCAAGACAGUCAUCAACACCACCGUGGUGAAGAUCCGGGCGACGGCCAAUCUUGUAACGUAUAUGCCCUCAUCCAAGGGCUCCACGCGCUCAUUGUCGUGUGGAUGCAGCAGUGCCAGCUGCUGCUCUGUGACUACCUAUGAGAAGGACAGCCAGAGCCUCAGCCACAGCCAGGUGAGCGCCAGCAGCCCCAACCUCAGCUAUGCCGGGCCCCCCACCCCAAUGGUCAGCAACCAUGAAGCAUUAAGCGCCCCCAGUCUCACCCCGGGCACUCCGAAGGCUGUAUCCACCGUGAGGGUCAUCCAUCCCGGUGAGCUGGCCAAGCGGAUGACCUGCUGCCCCAUGGGACACCCCGUAGGUCCCGUGCCGGUCAUCAUCGACUGCCGGCCCUUCAUGGAGUACAACAAGAGCCACAUCCGGGGGGCCGUGCACAUCAACUGCUCCGACAAGAUCAGCCGGCGGCGGCUGCAGCAGGGCAAGAUCACUGUGCUGGACCUCAUCUCCUGCCGCGAAGGCAAGGACUCUUUUAAGGGCAUCUUCUCCAAAGAGAUUGUGGUUUAUGACGAGAGCACCACGGACCCUAACCGGCUGACAUCCUCCCAGCCUCUACAUGUGGUCCUGGAGUCACUGAGGAGGGAGGGCAAGGACCCCAUCAUCCUCAAAGGAGGCCUUAGCUGCUUCAGGCAGAGCCACGAGAACCUGUGCGAGCACUCGCUGCACCUCCACGAGGGCCUGGACACGGGCGCAGCUGCUGGCCUGACAGGGGCACUACCUCACUCCCUGCCCUCCACCCCGGACAUAGAGAAUGCAGAGCUGACGCCAAUCCUGCCCUUCCUCUAUCUGGGGAACGAGCAGGAUGCUCAGGACAUCAACCUGCUGCAGCGCUUGAACAUCGGCUACAUCCUAAACGUGACCACCCACCUGCCGCUCUACCACUACGACUCGGGCCUCUUCAUCUACAAGCGCCUGCCCGCCACCGACAGCAACAAGCAGAACCUGCGCCAGUACUUUGAGGAGGCGUUUGAAUUCAUCGAGGAAGCACAUCAAGCAGGUAUGGGCCUUCUGAUCCACUGCCAGGCAGGCGUGUCUCGUUCAGCCACCAUCGUGAUCGCCUACCUGAUGAAGCACACCUGGAUGACCAUGACAGAUGCCUACAAGUUUGUCAAAACCAGGAGGCCCAUCAUCUCCCCGAACCUCAACUUCAUGGGCCAGCUGUUGGAGUUCGAGGAGGACCUCAACAACGGAAUAACGCCACGAAUCCUCACACCAAAGCUGAUUGGUGUGGAGACCGUCGUCUAAAUGAACUCCUCGUCUGACUCAAUGCUAAGUCUUGUACUCACUCUCACUGUUUUUUUCAAGAGAGACCAGCUGGUUUGGAGUGUGUGUGAGAGAGAGAGAGAGGGAGCUGCUGUAUUCUUCUUGAACGUCCUCAUGCUCAUCUUGGACUCUCUGGAGUGCCAAAGCUCUGGGUCAGUGGUGAUGAGAAAUGCCAAAAAUCCCUACUGUUUGGACCUGGCCGAUGUCCCGGAGGAAAAGAUGGGUUAGAGAGAUAGAGAGAGAGGAAGCGGUCAGUGGGAAUCUUCCUUUUGUGACCGCAGAGGAGCGAAUGUGAGGGAAAAGAAAAAUCGUUUUGGAAAAGAUAUUCUAUGUGCUUAAGGGCAAUUACUGACAUGAGAAACUCUUAAAGCUCACUGUGGCACAGUUUAUGUUUGCAGACUCAGGCCGGGUAGGCCACGGCAGUGCCUGUCAAAAAAAAAAAAAAA